CACCACGAAUUUAUCACAACGAUCACAACAAGAGUGUAGGAGCCUUCUCAUUUCAAUCAUAAAUGGAAUAAAUUCGUUUGUAACUAUGAAAUUAGUUUGUGAAACCAGUGUUGUUAACCGGAACGUCCCCGCCACCAGAAGGGGGUUUCAAAGAACAAUUUUAGCUAUUGGCAAAAACAGCGAGAAAAAAUCAGAUGAAACGGUUAUCAUGCUAAAGACCACCGAGAACAAGAGUGGAAGCAAGUAUGAAUUGAAGGGAAAUAUAAGUAAGAUUUUCACCCGUUUCGUGUCCGAGGGUAAGGCAACGAUAUCGUUUAAUGUUCCGGAGCAUGAUGUGCAAAUCAAGAGUGAAGUGAUACAAUUGACCACAUUUCUGAAGCAGCUGAAAGCUGUCUUAUCUGGCGAAAAACCUGCCCAAAAUCGCACCAACUCUCCUGCAGCGACUCUUGGGAAACUAUCCUGUUUGUCUUCGGUGGCUAAUAUGAAAUCCUCGGUGCUAUCAUCUACAAAGACAUUCUCCACCAAGUGUGUCAUUCGAAGGAGAAGUGAUUAUCCACUGAAAGGAUUUUCGCGCAAUCUCGUUACGCUGCAGAUUUCCGACAUAAAAUUGAUUCGGUUUGACCCGCAAAUAUUGCUUUUACGAAGUCUUCGAAUACUGAACCUUUCCAACAACUGCAUCGAAAAGAUACCCAGAGAACUUGGUCAGCUUAACCUAACCGACAUCGACCUCUCAGGGAACGCACUUCAGAACGAGAGAUGGGAAUGGCUAUUGGAACCAACGAUUCAAAACCGAUUGCAGAAUCUCAAUGUUGGCUCGAACAACUUAAGUUAUUUCCCCACCAAUUUGGUGUACUCCAAAGGACUCGUUCGGCUGGACCUUCAGCGCAAUCACAUACAGAAGCUACCUUUUGCUGUGUGGAAAAUGGCACAACUGCGGCUGCUCAAUUUAUCCGGCAAUCAAAUUGCUUCCGUACCGGAGUCAAUGGUUCGGAUGAGGUUGGAACAGAUUGAUCUGUCGGAGAAUAAUCUUUCGCAAAACGCCUCGACGGUACAGGAUCUCCGAAUGUCAUCGAACAUCAACCAGGUCGCUAGUCUGUGCGAAUUGGCCGCUCGUGUUGUUGUUGCGCGUAAAAUACCCUACUCGCCGGCAACUAUCCCAUUUGUGUUAGUGGAAAUGAUGCACAGGACUCCAAUCUGUGGCUGUGGAUUGCUUUGUUUCACGACAAAGAUUUACGAACGUGUUAAAGUUGUUCGACUGAACUGUCAACAAUUGAUCAUGAAUAGUAACCAUAUGUUGUACGCGGAUUGCGUUUUCUGCAGUCAACGGUGCAGCGCCAGGUCUUAGUAAAGUAAAACGAUUGAUAAGUUUAGAAUAUUUAAUAAUAGAAUAGUGGCUGUCGGUUAUUUAAUUGAGAACAAACGAUGUAUUUUUAAAAAAAAUCGGUUAUACUAAUUUAAUGCCGAAUAAUUAUUCUUAUUUUUGGCCUUAAUUCAUAAUACUUUUGAACGCCUCCAUCGUUUUCAUCAUCG